GGAAAGUUGAGAUCACACGGACACCGUUCUUCUCUCUCUUUCUCUCUCUUUCUCUCUCUAUAUUUCAUAUAUAUCUAUCUCCAUCUGUGUGUAAGAUCUAUUGAUUAUUGUUAGAUCCAAGGCUAAAAAUAGCAGUUUCUCCCGUGGUUGGUGUGUGUGAGAGAGAAAAGGAGGACAAAAGGAAGGGGAAACGCAAUAUUUGGGGCUUACAAUUGAAGAAAUGGAUGCUUCAGCUCAGCCAACAACGGAUACCGUCAUGUCAGAGGCGGCGACACCGCAUCAGCCGGCCGGAGUCGAGAAUAUUCCGGCGACUCUCAGCCACGGAGGUCGAUUCAUUCAAUAUAACAUAUUCGGUAACAUAUUUGAGGUCACCGCUAAGUAUAAACCUCCUAUCAUGCCCAUUGGCAAAGGCGCUUACGGCAUAGUCUGCUCGGCUUUGAAUUCGGAGACGAAUGAACAUGUAGCGAUAAAGAAGAUUGCAAACGCAUUUGAUAAUAAAAUUGAUGCAAAAAGAACUCUGCGCGAGAUUAAGCUUCUCCGUCAUAUGGAUCAUGAAAAUGUUGUUGCGAUUAGAGAUAUAAUACCGCCACCUCAAAGAGAAUCGUGUUUUAACGACGUAUAUAUCGCAUACGAGCUUAUGGAUACAGAUCUUCAUCAAAUUAUUAGAUCCAACCAAGGUUUAUCGGAAGAACAUUGUCAGUAUUUUUUAUACCAAAUCCUUCGGGGAUUGAAGUACAUACAUUCUGCAAACGUUCUUCACAGGGAUUUGAAACCUAGCAAUCUGCUGUUAAAUGCAAAUUGUGAUCUGAAAAUAUGUGACUUUGGGCUGGCUCGUGUUACCUCGGAAACAGAUUUCAUGACUGAAUAUGUUGUUACUAGAUGGUACAGGCCACCUGAAUUGUUGUUAAACUCUUCAGAUUACACUGCAGCCAUUGAUAUCUGGUCGGUUGGUUGCAUCUUCAUGGAAUUGAUGGACCGUAAACCUUUAUUUCCAGGAAGAGAUCAUGUGCAUCAACUGCGUUUACUCUUGGAGUUGAUAGGAACACCAUCAGAAGCGGAAUUGGAGUUUUUGAAUGAGAAUGCAAAGAGAUAUAUUAAGCAGCUUCCAGUUUACAGACGGCAAUCAUUGACUGAGAAGUUCCCUCAUGUAAACCCUACGGCGAUUGAUCUUGUUGAGAAGAUGUUAACUUUUGAUCCAACAAAAAGAAUGACGGUGGAAGAUGCAUUGGCACACCCAUACUUGACAUCACUUCACGAUGUAAGUGAUGAGCCAAUAUCGAUGACCCCUUUCAGCUUUGACUUCGAGAAACAUGCAUUGACAGAGGAUCAAAUGAGAGAGCUUAUCUAUAGAGAGGCUCUUGCUUUUAAUCCCGGCUACCAACAAAUUUGAUUGAUCAACAACAAGAUGAACAAGUUCUUUAUUUUAUUUUAUUUUAUGCUUUCAGCUAGUUUUGUGUGCGACUUGACUUUCCUGUUUCAUUUUAUGCUGCGACCACCUUGUUGAUUUCUUUCUUUCUUUCUUUUCUCAUUGUUGUAUAUAUAGCUUCCGAUCCAUCCCCACAUCAAAUAUUAUUUAUUUGGAAUUAAAACUGUGUAGUUCUACACGAUCACAAACUCCAUUGUGUUGUUUUAUUUAUCUGGCCUGCAUUUUCAA